AUGACGAUACCAACACAGGCCAAAUUCUGCAUUGAGUGUGGAGUAUGGCUUCACAGUGAUCUGGAAUGGAACAGGCAUAGUGCCCAGCACGCCAAACGUCCAGACAUCAUUUAUGGUCCGAUCACUGCUGAAGGCAUCCUUGCAGCGCCUCGCCGGUGUCCGUACUGCAUGACACAGGGUCGUUUCGUGCAAAUGGAAAAUCCGAGCCAUUAUGCCGAGCACAUUGAGGAUCACAUCAACAAGCAGGUGGAUAAUAGCAUUGGGCAGGGCGUCCAAUGCCCACAUCAUUCGUGUCCAACGAAGGACUUCAGUAAGAAGGAAUUGCGGGAUCACUUCAAUACUGUUCAUGGCAUUGUACUUUGA